GUCAGAUCAGCUGUGAAAAUUGAGCGCACGAAAAUCAAAUGAUUUAGAAAAAUGCAUAAAAGGUUUCGCAAAACCAAUACGCAGAAAUAUAAGCGUAAGAAGUAUUAUGUGGGCGUCGAAAUCUCGGAUACAAGCAGCGACGAAAGCAGCACUCACAAAGUGGAGGAGGAACAAGAAAACAAAAAGCGUCCACAAAUCCUUAACAGGAUGUCAGUGAGCCAGAGCACUUGCGGUCUUUCGUCUGUGUCUCCUGCAACUAAAUAUGAGCAACAGCCAAAACAAACCCCUGUUACGCCUACAUCAUCUUGCCGAUCGCCUUGGCUUAGCGUGAGAACAACCCUUGGCAUGCUCAAGAGUAGCCGCAGCAUGCUGCAAACGUCGCUUUCCGAAAGCACAGUCGAGGAAUCAUUUAUUGAAUGCUCACCUAUGUCAUCACUCGAGGCUAAUCUCCUAAACAACACAGAGCAGCGGCCAGCCCCAAACAAUGGCAAGAAAAUCGCACAAAGUAAGACACAAAACCGUUGCCUUAAAGGAGGAUACCUUCAGGAAUACCUGCGCCUUAUGCAUAGGGAGCAUAUGGACCAUCGCAGCAUCCAGCAUAACCAACGUCUUGGUAUAAGAGGUCAGCGAGUGCAGGUACUCAGCAUCCACGAGUGCUUUGGCGCUUAUAUGGCGCGUGUACAACAGGAGCAAAGUAUCUAUAAUGUUAUAAUUACUUCAAAUAUGGCUGCCAGUAUUCAAGUGGGAGUCACACUGGAGCUUCACUUUGACGUGAAGGUAGAACACACAUAUCAGUUGGAAAACGACGAGUUGGUUUACAUUCAGCCAAAUAAAAUUGUUAUAUUUAACUUGAAUCAUAAGUGUAUUAAUAGCAAAAUAAAAGCUCUCUAA